AUGGCCAUGGACCACUCGAAUCUGAUGGCGGAAAUGGACAAACUGGCCAGCAUCAAGAUGAUGACUUUCCAGGUCACUGUCGGCGUCUUUUUCGCGCUGUCGGUGAUAUUAGUCAUCGCCAGAGCGGCAACCCGAUUACGAUCUCGCAGGGCAAUGACGCUAGACGACUACCUGGUGUUCUGGGGGUGCCUUUGUCUUAUAGCCGCCACUGCACUGACAUACGCCAAUUUCGAUAAUAUGUAUCUAACGCAGGCACUGUUCAAGGACCCCACAAUCAUCACUAGGGUGAAAAGCGAUGAACUGCUCAGGGUGACCAAGAUAGUCAACACGUUGCAGAUGGCCGACCUGGAAUUACUGUGGGCCGCGACUUUUGCGGUAAAGUUUUCCUUCUUGGCAUUCUUCCGACAGCUGAUCCAGUCGGUGGAUAAAAUCCAUCGAUACUACUGA